AUGCACAUUCUGCAGGGACGAAGGCUCCUUGCCAACAUUGAGGACCGGAAAACACCAGAAAUCGACAUCAUUCGACAAUACCUGGCCCCUAUAUACUCACGGCUCGCAUAUGUCGGCAAUGACAGAGUAAACUUCCCGACGCAUCUUUUACAAAUGACUACGACGCCGCUCAAGUUCGCUUCUCUGGCUGACGCACGGUGUGUCUUGUACUAUCUCGUCGAUAUUGGAUUCACUCUUAUCUAUGAUGUCAAGUCGUAUCGCUCAAACGGUGUCAGCGAAACUCCAGAUACCCAGGGAGAUGCAAUGCAGUCAAGAUACAAACAAAUUGCCCAUGAGUUGGCCAAUUGGCGUCAUGCAUUUGAAGCACGCGCCAGAUACAAGAACCGCCAAGCUUCUGACACAGAGACACUGUCUCAUGAUAGUGUUCCUCGACUCGAUGGUCUCGGGUACGACAAUGAGAUCAUGCAAGGCCCAUCAUUCACCUUUGAAAGCGAGGUUGUUGGUCCGGUUUACUGGAUAGCUGCCAAGUGUCGACAACCGGCUAUUCGGGGGAGAGCCCUGGAAUUUCUUUACGAGCGAGAAAAGAUGAACCGCGUGGAGAGCCUCACGAUGUUAAAGCACACCAUUGUGAUGGCCAAAAGAGUCAUCGAGAUUGAGGAGGAGGGCCUUGACAUACCACACGGCACAAGACCCAUGCAAGACUACCCAAACAAGUAUGAAGUUGUCUCGAGAGAAGAGUCUAGCGAAUGGGCUGAGAGCUUUCUAACAGAUCAAAAAGAACAGUGGCCGGUGUUGUGGGAUCUCGGGAGCCACUGCUCAGACAUUCCAACGAGGCUGACCAGGAUUGCUGCUGCGACGGAGCAGAAGGAACUUGCGGAGGGACUAGCUAAAGGUUGGCCUACAGAGCGACUCGUCUGGCCAUACGGAAUUACUAGAGAGCGGAGAGUGUUGAGUGUUGUUGUGAAGAGACAUACUGUCGAUGAUCCAUGGCUGGAGUAUGUGAGAGAGCCUCUGACGGGCGGCGGGGACUAUCGAGUUAUGAAGGAGCAUAUACGGUUCACAUAA